CGGCUGUCAGCAUGUUCUGUACAGUAGGACAGCUGGGCUUUAUUUUGCUUCCCAGCCUGGAAACAACUGUAGUGCAGUUGGACUUGACGUCUAGCAACACAACAUCACAGACUUUAAACAAGCAGACACGGCGGCUUAGCACGUUAGCGACUGCAUUUACAGAUUUCCUGGAAAUUGGACUGAAAUUUUCACUACUUUUGGAUGGAAACCUAUCGUCUGAAAAGAUGUCAUCACAAAGUGCUGUGCUGGCAGUGAAGUUGAGUCGAUGGCCUGGUGAGCUUUUCUUCAUUACCUCCUAAAGUGUCAAGUAUUUCACUACUUCACCUCCACCAAAGACUCCAUCCGGGGUGCCAGCGUGAGAGCGCCUGAGUAGCUCGUGCUGAGCUCGGGACUGCAGCAACAGGACAAAAGACAUAAGAGGAAAAAGAGGGGAAGGAAAAAUAUUGGGAGAAUAAGCCAGCAAAAGGGCAAGGAUAAUCGGAGGAGACAGCAUGUUGGUGAAGGCUGAGUUUAAGAGAUAAACCUGACUCUGGAGAAGAGACAGAUAGAUUCAGAUUCUUUAGCUCACAAGCAGCAUAGAGGCUCAGUCAGAGCCAGAUAGAUUGAAAAGUUGAGACGCAGCCAAGAAUUCAUGUUCCUGGCCGUGGCUGUAGGCCUGCUGCUAGGAGGAUAGAGUUCAGUUCAACCACACCCACACUCCAACCUCCAUCCUCUUCUAACUUGACCCAAAAGAAGCUCAAACCCUGAACAGUCCAUCCAUCUCUUUCGUUUGAACUCCUCCUCCACUUAGCUGUCACUACAUUUCCUAAGUCCACUGUCAGAAGACAGCUAAAUCCUGAUACCAGCUAGUUAACCAGGCAGCAGCGUAGUCAGAGAACGAGGGUGACCAUACGAGCUGUCGCUGAGCAGAGGAAAGACAAUCGCCUCCUGUGAAGUUUGACAGGCAGCAGCCUUCUAUUCAAGCACAUGGGCUGUUGAUGAAGAAAGAUGGCAGUGAGACUGGCAGGCGCCGCCCCUUCCUCUCGGCCACCCUCCCUCCCCCCAGCGGCUGUGGCUCGGACCGGUUAAGGUUGGUCUAUUGGCAUCCAUCGCAGCAUCGGCAGCAGCUAGCAGAGCGUGGGAAGGAGCAGUAUGCAGGAAACUGAUUUACCAGCCACCAAUGCCUUCAAAGAGUGCAAGUUCCACUGCACCAAUGGGAAUUGCUUGCGUCUGGGCUCGCUGAUCUGCAACCAGCUGAAUAACUGUGGGGACAACAGCGAUGAGGAGAACUGCCCCGUGGUCACCCAGCACCCUCCGCCGGGCAUCUUCAACUCUGAACUGGAGUUUGUUCAGAUUGUCAUCAUCAUCGUGGUGAUGACAGUGAUGGUGGUGGUGAUCAUCUGCCUGCUCAACCACUACAAGCUCUCCACCUGGUCCUUCAUAACAAGGCAGAGCCAGGCCCGCAGGCACGACCAUGCCCUACAGCAGGAUGGGUGUCUGUGGCCUUCAGACAGUGGCUCUCGACAAGGUGCCUCAGAGGUAUUAUACGCUCCGCAGGCCCGGGAUCGCUUCACUGCUCCCUCCUUCAUGCAGCGCGACCGCUUCAGCCGCUUCCAGCCCACCUACCCCUACCUGCAGCACCAGAUCGACCUGCCGCCCACCAUCUCGCUGUCAGACGGAGAGGAGCCCCCGCCGUACCAGGGACCAUGCACCCUGCAACUCCGUGACCCCGAGCAGCAGAUGGAGCUCAACCGUGAGUCGGUGAGGGCGCCGCCCAACCGGACCAUCUACGACAGUGACUUGAUCGACAUGGGUGGUGGCGGCAGCCUGGGAGGGGUGGGGGGAGGAGGGGGAGGCAUUGGUGGGGGUGGGCCAAGGCCACCUAGCAGUAACUCGGGCAUCAGUGCGGCCAACUCCAGCAGCCACGGGCGCAUGGAGGGUCCCCCACCGGCAUACAGCGAGGUGAUGGGCCACUACCCCGGCUCAACGUUCUUUCUACACCAGCACAGCAAUAACCAGAGGGUAGGGAGGCCGGGGGGGCCGGGGAGCAGGACGAUCCAGCAGCAGAGCCAAUCAGAAAGCACAAUAGUACCUGCCAAGGCCAAGGACGGCCAACCAGAGGACCUGGUGUGAAGAAAAGGGGAGGGGCAGGUGAGGCCACCCACCCAGACUGAAAACUCUCUCUCUUGUUCACCAUGAUCAGCUGUAAGCAGUGGUCUCUCUAUCGCUCUCUCUGUCUCUCAUGUCCUCUCUCCACACUCCCAUGCACAAAUAAAUAUCAACCUUAGCGACAACAAAACAAGACGAGAGAAACCAAGAGUUGAUUUCAUUUCACUUUCUUUCUGACGUUAAUAAUUCAAACUGCUGGGGCAGGAUGUAUGCACUGCGUGGAGACUUUUUGUUCCUUCAUUUCGAGAAAGAAACACACUGCUAGCACAGAUUGAAACUAUUCUCUCGUUUUUGCCCCCUCGGGUGACAGCUCAGUCCUCGGGAAAAGAGGAGGAUGUUUUUCCAUUUUUGUUUAAUUUUUCGGACCGGGAUCUGUGCACAAAGCAAGAACUGAGAAUCAAGGACUUACAGAGAACACAACAAAACAAGAGACUCACAAACCCAAAUCUUAGUGCCAAGGUUCACGAGGAAGCAAAACAAAGGGGGAAAAAGACUCGUUCUAACAUUCAAAACACAAAAAGAAAAGUUAUCUAAAAGUUGCACUAUCUUUUUGUUGUAAAAGAGAAGAGGGAAAUGAUGUUAUGUGAUGAUGAUAAUGAUGAUGUUUGUUUUUUUCUUUUUUUUUUAUUUCCGGUUGUUUUUUUGUUUGUUUUUUUUGUCCUUUUCAUGAAUGGACUGAUUGACUGACUGAACUUUGGCUCCAAAGUUGUUUAAACAGUUGGGAGCAAAAAAACAAAACAAAACAAGUAUUAUAAGCUUAUGUCCUUUUUCGAAAACUGCAAGAAAUACUCGUACCCAGCCUACAACAUCUCUGUCUGCUUACACCACAGGCACAGUGAGACUUAGUAAGAGAAUAACCUUGUACUGCUUCACGUCUGUGUUCACUUUAGCCUUGUGGGAGGGAAGAAAUCUGCUCUGUGAUCAGCCGCUUGGUGGACAAAACAUUCUUACUUCCUCUUGUAGUUUAUUACAAAGACUUAGAGGUGGAUUUCCCCAAAGCAGAGCAGUUCAUAACCUCUGCUUAGCAAGAUCUAGCAUGAUUGAAAACAGGUUUUGAGGGAAAUCUGGCCUAGAUGGUUGGAUAUCAAGUAAACAAAUGAAAACCGAAUUCCACAGGAAAAAACAACAAAAUAACAUAUCGAAGUGUCCACACAAGGAGCCUGGUCAAAGCAGAUUCUUCUCUUUUCAACUCUGUCCUGACAUGUAAGCACCUGACACUUCCUCUUUCCUGUUUCCUUCAUCCAGCCCCCCACCCCCCUGUCACUGCUCAUCUCCACAUGCACAGUGCAUUCUGCCAACGGCCACACUGAACUCCAUCACCUGCCGCCAUGACAACGAAUACACAAAGCAAAACAACAACAGAAAAAAAACCUACAAAAAAUGAAGGCUCGGCUCUCGGUCUUCACUUCUCUAAAGCCACAAAAAAAAAAAAAAAGAUGACACAAAGUGACGAUUUCUGUCUGCAUCUGCCAGCACAGCGAUCAGGUUUUAAAUGAAACUGUCUGUGGUCGAAGUCAAAGGGCUAUGGGAGGGUCCUUUUUGUAAAAGAAACAAAAAACCUUUUUGAAAAUCUAGCCUUUUCUCUGCUCAUCGUUGCCUUCUCCUCUGCUCGUGCGCUUUGUCUGUCUCCUCUUGCUUGUUUGCGUUCAGCACCUGUGCCCCCUUCCUCCUCCUCCUAGCCCUGCUUUCUACCAGUGUCUUUGAUGAGCACUGGGUUCAUCAUCCCUCCUUCCAUCCGUGUGCAGAAAAAGUGCGAUCAAAUGAUGCAGAGUCCGCCAAGCCCUUUAAAGUGGAGACUGGAGUGGAGCCCUUGUUUGGCAGCGUGCUAGUGCAGUCCUCUCCUCGCUGUAUAAGUGUGUACGUGUGUGUUUGUUGGUCAGACCUCUUAACAACACAGAAAAGCACUUAAUGCUCCUGCAGGAGUAUUGUGUAUGUGUGAGCGUGCGUGUGUAGCUGAGUGAUUUAUUAACUGACUGCUUUGUGUUUAGAGAUUCAAGGACAUCUUUGAGACUGUCCAUAUUAACACAACAUCAAUUAAGCUUUCAUUGAAAUUCAGCAGAGUGUCUCUUUAAAAAUCCAGAAAUGCGCCGUGGUCGUUAUCGCGCUGCAGAGGUGACGUCACUGUAACAGCUCAAAGAAAGCGCAUGUCACAGUCCAGUCCACCCCAAAGGUUCCACUAAAACUGCAAACACCACCUAAUGGAGUUUUUCACCGUCUCAGUUUCAGACUGCACAUUGAUUCCAAACAGGCUCUGAGUUGGAGCCUCAGCAUGUUAGCAUGUACACUGAAAGCACUUGUAUUUGGACUAUAGAUGGACCUUUGUGACCCUCAAUGUGACAUGCUGUUGAUAUUUUUCAUUUUUCUAUUAACAAAUCCCAUGAAAUCUCUCAAUCCUGACAUUCCUAACAGUCAACCCCAAGCCCACUCAUUCCUGUCACAGACACACUGCAAGUAAAAGAAAGAUGGAUUGUAGCUCAAGGUGAAAUUACUUGUUGCUUUUUCUGGAGCUGGUUGGAUGCCAAAGUCCAUCUUUGUCAUAUGUUUAUGAUGACAGACUCCAUCUUACAUUCAACAGCAAGCUUAAGCAAAGGGUGUUAAGUUUGCCUUUUUCUAAUCAAACUGUGUUUUGGAUGUCCAGCUCACAGAAAGGAGAAACGGUAAACUCCUUGGAACUGUAGUUUUUAGCAAACAUGAAACACAGUGAAUGGUUUGGGGAUUAUUUCCAGCUCUGGGUUCUAGUGUUCAAGUUGGUAUUUACAGCAACAGGAAGGUGCAUUAGAGACUGAGUCCAGAUAAUAAUGUGUGUUUUCAUGGUAAGGAAGAAACACGCCAUCUGUUGCAUCCGUGAGGCUCACUGAUGGGAUUUUGGACAACAAUAGAGCUCAGAGGAAUGAAAUCUAUCAGACUCUCGUACACACACUCAAUGCUUGGUGGUCGAAGCUGUUUAUUGUUGGUUUGGAUCUUUUCAUGAGAUUUGUUGACAAGACGAAAAAUAUCAAAUAACCAGUUAAGGAUCCUCUAUCACUUUCUGUCAGUACAAAACUAAAUCUUUACAGUGACUUCUUACCACCUCCAAACAUACAUAUGUAUUAAACACCUCUAAUGCUGAAAUAACAUUGAUUUAAAAUGGUCACUGUUUACAAGACUCAGUAAUCGUCUGCUGCUCCUAGAUGCAGCCUGAAUAUGAAGUAGCCUGAUGAAGUGACAUUAAUGUUUAGUGUUUGAAGGUCUCACACCGUGCUCACGCCGCAGACCGGGACCAGGAGACGUUUCUAUGUGGACGUAUGUUCCCCCUCCUUCUGCACUCACAGCUCUGGUUUUACGCUCUGCAGGCAUCAUGAUGAUGGAAGGUUUGGUCAGCAAAAAGCCCUCUGAUCCCGUUAGCGUCAGUGUGUUCGAAUGUAUGCACGUGUCCCAGUGUGUGUCCAUCUGGCUCUACUGUUGUGUGUGUGUGUGUGUGUGUGUGUUACUACAUCGCUGCUGCUAUUGCUGUUGCUGCUGCUACUGCUACUAUUGUUGCUACUGCUGCUUCUCAUCCCCCACCUCCCUCAGUCCAUCCUGUGCCCCUCAGCUCAUCCAAAACUAGGAGAGAAAUCUGACCCUCUGCAGUCAAACCCACAAGUAUUGAGAAAAGCAAGACCCGUAUUUAAACAUUUUGAUUUCAGAAAAGUCGAGGUGCAUCAGCCGCCGCUACGAUUGUCCCAACACUUUUGGCCUUUGACUGUACAGACCUGCUUCAAACCCGCAUUUCUUCUCCAGUUUUUUUUCUUCUUUCUUUCGGUUGUUUUCCUCAGCUUGUUCUGUCUGCGCAGUCAUAGCUUGUAAAUGGAGGAUAUAAAGAUGAAUUUUAUGUUUUCUACAAGGAGGUUUGCAUGUUACUAUUAUGUGAGUAAAUAAGGUGCCUAAUGUUCAUGUUUGAGCAGACCACACCUCAGUCAGACUGCUGCUCGGAAUCUGUGCAGGCGCUCUAUCUCGGCGGGGUCACCACCUGUCUGGCAAAAUAAAACAGACGCACGCCAGGACUGCCAAAAACGAUUGUUUCUGUCUUUUUGUAAAGUCGCAGACAGAUAGGAGUCUGGUCCAGUGUUUGGCAUUCAGGGGCAUUCUCAAGCUUUUGUUUGACUGAAUCUGAUCCUGAACCUUAAAUUCAUUUCAAGUCUGCUUGAAACUCUCCUGAUCUCGUGAUCACAGAAUCAACAGCGUGCCUGUGUCCAAACUUGCAGCUCCACCUUGAACAUUUUUAGCUCUGGGUUCUGGUUACGAGCGCAGCGGUUCCGAGCGUGCUCACCGGCCAUUGAGCCAGACAGGAGUGGUCGCUCCCAGAGAAGCAACUGAAGCCAUUCCAAGCAGUAAUGUGACCCGCGUGUGGAGCAGACAUAGGAACCCACUUGCACUCAAAAAGCUCCCACCUUCGUUGUGCCUCACUUCCAACGGUGCUUUUUUCAGUAGUCUGUCUUUCUUUAUGUUUGUUUGUAAGGUGCUGUAUAUAACUUGAAUAUAUUAUGCACAUAUCCUACCCAAUGGGUAGAAACCACAAAAGAUGUUGUGAAUAAUGUAAUAUAAUGUAUAGACAAUAUAAGAAUUUUAAGAAGGCAGCAUCAAAUUUGUAAAUGCCUACAGUUAAAAACGUGCUUUGUCUUUUUUUUAAUGGAAAACAUGGUUUGCAAAGUAUGCUUAGAAUAUGGUUGCAACACAAAUACAAAUUACUACUUAUAAUAUUUUGCUAUAAAUAAUAGUCUGUUAUGAUAAGGAUGAGAUAACCUCUGGAUUAAGGACGCUGUUGAGAAAAGAUAUUCACUUGUUUAUUGGAUUCUUCUGUCACAGUGCCAGCCGUCAUUCAGGUACUGGCUGGUUGUUUUCUUUUGACCACGAUCGACUAACAAAUGUAUAGUUCUAUUGCAAAGAUCUUUUACGAAAACAUAUAUCACAUACACAUCAGUCGGUGUUUAAGCCACGACUUCAGCCGGACCAACGGUUGAAUUUCAACUCGCUUUGUAAAUGGUCGAACAAAAAGCAAGCAAGCUGUCUAGUUUGGGAGGCGACCACUGCACACAAGAGCCGUCAGCGCUUCUUCAUGAAAUGGGAGAAUGUGCUUCUGUAAUCAUUUAAUUUUAGUCUCUUUUAGCCGUUGUUUUGUAUAUCUGCCAAAGUAUAAAAACCUGCUGAGCACACUCGGCACUGCUAUAGGUCUGGCUGGAUGUUAGACUCUGGUUCUUAAAGCAUUUCAGCUCAGGAGGAUGGUCGACUUUUUAAUCACAUGGUUGUUAAAGGAAAUAAAGAAAGAAACUGAGGGUCAAGAUUGGAAAGUUGCACCAGCGAGUGGGGGAAAAAUGCCGUUAAAACUGUCAUUUAACUUUUCUCUCUUUAUUAUUUUUUUAUGGUUAUUUUCUACAUUACAAUGUUAUAUGUGGCACAGUAUAUUGAAACAAAAGUCAUGUUUAAUCUGCAGUCAUUUAUUUACAGUAUGUACUGAAGAUAACUCCACUGUACAAUAACCGCAGAGCAUGCUCAUUCUUAUCUAUAGACGAUGUACAUAGCAACGCGCCAUUUUCUCUUCAAAGCACCAAAUAAGUGGCAGUUGUGUAGUUUUAAUUUGGAAAAAGUCUCUAUUGUAACUUUGGCUGGAGCGCCGCUCGGCUCUCCUUCUUCUUAAUAGACCUUUUUUUCUUUCUUUUCGUUUCCUGCACUAGCUUGAAGAACUAACUUGGACUCAGACUGAUCUUUGUCUGAUUUCUCCCCCUGCAGCGCUCCCUCUUUCCACUUAUCAGAAGUCUGUACUCAACUGCUGACUACAAGUAGCUGUUUUUAUCGUUCCAGAUUUUAAUAAUAAUGAUGAUAAUAAUAACAAUGAUAACGUCUCAACAGUUUGGUAUUCUCUGUCUUGGCAGUUACCAUAGGACUGCUUCCAUCAUGGGUUUUGUAACAUCGGUUUGCUUUAUUUACAAAAUGAAUCCUUCUCGUUCCCCCCGCCCCCCUCUGUGCUGAAAUCUACAUAUAUAUAUGGCUGUAUUCAGUAACCAUACAGUGUAUAUAUAUAUCUAUAUAUCCAAACACAGAGGUAAAAUUGUUGUGUAUUUUUGCCUCUUUUUAUUUAAGCAAUUGUGAUGUAAUAGGUUUUAGGCCUAAGGUCUGUUAUUGCAAUACUUUUACAGAAAAGAAGAAAAAAAUCAAAAAAUGUUGCUCUAAGUGCUGUUGUAGUCAAAGAUUUUAUGCUUGUACUUAUGCUGUAGUCAAACUGCAGCGUAAUGAAUAAAACUUUAAAAGUGA